ACUCGCCCAACAGAGGUUCCCAAAAAAAGACACACACAUUGGACACUUUGUGGAAGAGCUAAGGAGAAAAGAGGAGUUCGAGGACAGUUUGAUGCGAAAAAGGCGAAAAUAGGCGUGUGUGUAGCGUUAGAGAGUCAAAAUGGUCGCAACCAAGCACCGAAUUUCGUCACGGUUCGAUAAGUCAGACAAUCUAGACGACUGGAUCCGUAAGAUCAAGAACAAAAAGUUUGUCGUCAAGCGUGAAACCCGCGGACAGGACCUGCGGGUCCUGGCGAUGCUCAGCGGAGCGCUUUCUCACGCCGAAGAGUGCCUGCGGCGUGAGAAAAUCCGCAAACAGGAAGAUCGGGCCGUCAAGUGGGCCCGGAUCCGCUCGCGUCUCGCGGAACCCCCGCGGAUGUACUGUGACCUGGAGGAGGAAGAGGACGAAAAGGCCCGUAACGCGUCCAACGUCAUCUGGAGUGAAGACUUUAACGGAAUUAACAAUUUCAUAACGGAACUGAACAGUAUCAAAACCACAAUUAGCCGAUAGAUCGCUGGCCUUGUAGCCGAUUUGGUUAACCUUUGCUUUCCAAAAUUCACGGUACUUGAGUUAGGGAACGCCCCUCACACCAUUUAUAAACCCACUCGCUUUCCCUAAAUCCAUCCAAAAGUGCAAUUACGCAGCAUCCAGCCCGAAAAUUCGACUUCAAAAGUCGCAUUUUCGUUUAGUUUUGCGUUUUUUCCAACCAGGUCGCCAUUUUGAAUUUGAAAAUUUUCAUCACGUUCACCCUACUCCCCACCGAAGCUGACUCACACACUCUCAUGCGCAAUGCGCGUCAUCAUGGUGUUCGUGCCGUGUCGUCAGGGUGUGAGUGUGAGCUUCGGACUUUCCCUGGCCCGAAACGGGCAGGCCUGUUUCCGAUGACGCUGCUGCUAGGUAGUGCAAUAUUUACGUGUUACCUGACAGGAGGGGGGGAUCCCCACCUGGCUUUGUUUGAAAGUUGUUUUUUUUUGCUUCUGCGGAGGAAAAUUCCGUUCGAAUCGUCUGGAAAAAUGGAUUGAAAGGAGUGGGUUUUGAGGGACGUGAGGGGUGAGGACAAAUUGUGAUGAAGUAA